GUUGAUUGUAGAUACCACCAGAAAGUAAACCGGAAUCAUCGCCUGUAAUUCAUUUACAAUUUUUUGUAUUUUUUACCUUGGAAAAAGUCCUCUCCGUAUAAUUUAAACCUCGAACCGUUCUCUAUUCUAUCUCUGGCCUUUCAUAAUAUAAUGAGAUGAACGGGGUCAAGUCUAUCUUCGACCCAAUCGGCCGGUGUAUUUUUAUUUUCUUUAGGCAUUUUCACCUGGAUUCCAGGGGAGAAAGCUAGCGUUUCACAUACCCGAGCAUUUUCCUAUGAGUACUAGUACUGGAACGUUAAGAUGACCACCGUCACCUGCAUAGCACCUGUUAACAUAGCAACACUCAAAUACUGGGGCAACGACAGAUGAGUGAAAGCGCGGAUAACAGAAGCAUGGUUAAGGUUCGAACCUAGAACCGCUAGCAUGGCAAAUCAGGAUGACCUAACCACUUGAACACCACUAUUAGGCAGACCAUGAUGUAAACGACCAUACUGCAAGUUCAUCACCCUCCACAACUCAUGGAGAUAUCUCACAACCUUUCUCUAUAAUUCGCAAAAUGUGCCUGCCAAACAGGAGGGCUGACGUCCAGCUACGUUUUGUGUCACAAAUGUCAGAACCUAAAGAGGUUCUAUGUAAAGACAUACAUUUUUCUAAACGAAUCUCAACUUAGUUUUGUCAAAAGCUAUGCUAAAAUUCAAACCCAGAGCUGCUAGCGUGGCAAAUACAAUUAGGGCAGCUUAACGACUCGUCCACGACCAGAAUGGGGGAAAACGAGAUGAACAUCUUAUUUUGCCACUCAAUGAUUCCAUUAGUGCCACUUUAUCGACGGACCAGAUGCAUGCCAAAACGACAAUCAUGGCAAGCCCUGACUUUACCAAAGACCGGAUCUGGUUGAACGGAAAGGAGGAAUCGUUUAGCAAUCAAAGACUUUUGACGUGUAUCAAUGAAAUAAAACGGAGAGCUACACUGGGUGAAAAAGGCGAUGAAAAGGAUAGCAAAUCUAAUUGGAAAGUUCACAUUUGUUCCGAAAACAACUUUCCAACUGCUGCAGGAUUAGCAUCAUCAGCAGCUGGUUAUGCAUGUCUAGUUUAUUGCCUUGGUAAGGUAUUCGGGGUAGAAGGCGACCUGAGCAGCGUCGCCCGUCUCGGUUCAGGCAGCGCGUGCAGGAGUGUUCUGGGCGGUUUUGUAAGAUGGCACAAGGGCGACAAAGACGACGGUUCGGAUUCGCACGCAUCACAAGUCGUCCCUGCUAGCCACUGGCCGAACCUGAAAGUUCUCAUUCUAGUUGUCAGUGAUAAUCGUAAGAAAGUCAGCAGCACAAGUGGUAUGCAGCAAAGCGUUAAGACAAGUGAACUACUUAAACACAGAGUUGAGCAUAUUGUUCCUAAAAGGACUGAACUAUUUAUUAAGGCUAUAGAAAGCAGGAAUUUUAAUACUUUUGCUGAACUUACAAUGAAGGAUAGCAACCAAUUCCACUCGGUGUGUUUAGAUACUUAUCCUCCUGCCGUAUACAUGAAUGACAUCUCUCAUGCAAUCGUUGAAUUCGUUCACUGUUAUAAUAAGUCAAAAGGGACCAACAAGGUUGCUUAUACAUUCGAUGCUGGCCCAAAUGCUUGUUUGUUUUUACAAGAAGAGGAUGUUGGAGAGGUCGUUUCACUCAUUGAACAGGCGUUUCCGCCAUUGGACAACGCCAAGGACUACAUAAGAGGGCUUGAAGUAAAACGUCCCAAAGCACAAAAUGAUUUAGCCGUACCUUCAGGGCCGCAUGAAUCUGGACUUCUCAAAUACAUAAUCCACACGAAAAUAGGUGAAGGGCCUCAAGUACUGACGGGACACAAUGUUCAUUUAUUAAACAAAGAAGGUCUUCCAAAAUCAUUAUAAUUUUUAAUAGUUUUGUAUGUUUAUAUUUAAC